CAUGUGCGUGAGAGUAUUCAACAACAACAAUCAGCUGCUUGUACGGACCUCAGAAAAGAGAAUGUCCUUUCCCGUACAGUUUGCUGAUACAGCUGUCCUUGAUUGAUCAAUAUUAACACGAUGGCAAAACAUCUGCAUCUAGCUUUAUCGACAUCGACCAGCCACCCAAGCCAGUGAUUGUCUAACACUGCUGCAAUCAUGACGGACACCAUCAAGAGUGUGGCGGCCUCACUAGUCCUGGGGUUCCGUGAUGCUGUUUUGGGAACAAGGAGAGUCUUGAAUCUGGAUGCUGACCUCCAGGAAGAAGAAGCGGAGAAGAAGUCUAAUGAGCCUUUGACGACCCUCGCCCGCCGACGACUGGAGAAGAACAAACAUAAAGAUGUGGUGAAAGAACAUGUUCCCAGAGUAACAAAUCGAAUUUUCAUGUGUUGUGCAUGGAAUGGUGGCGUCUGCUGGCUCAGCAUCUUCGUGUUCCACUACAUGCUGCUGCCCUGUAUCUACUGGUUCACGGAGCUCAUCUCAGGUGGUUCUCUGACUCAUGGUCUUGUUUGGUCAUGGUUAUCUCCCCUUCUGUCAUGGACAUUCAGCGCCCUCUGGGUAUUGCCGCUGUUCGUUCUGUCAAAAGUAAUCAACUGUUUCUGGUUCCAGGACAUAGCAGAUGCUGCAUAUUUAAAAAUGAGAGGGAAGCCAAAGAGUCUGACACUCAGCACCUUCAUAGCCGACAUGCUCUUCAGUGUCACACUCCAGGCUUUCUUCCUCAUACAGGCAACAAUGGCUAGUUCUCUGCCGAUCUACGGAGUGGGCCAACUAGUCAGCGUGCUACACUUCUGUCUGCUCUACUCCCUGUACACCUUCGAGUACAAGUGGUACAACAUGGGUUUAGAGGUGCACACCCGGUUAUCAUUGAUAGAAAUCAACUGGCCCUACUUUGUUGGGUUUGGCCUGCCCAUGGCGUUGGCGACGUCGCUAUCUUCCUCCACUGUGAUCAGUGGCUGCAUCUUCUCCAUCCUGUUCCCGCUUUUCAUCAUCAGUGCCAACGAUGCUCAGGAGCCCGCUCAGCCAUUUGAGUUCCCAUUAAAGCUGUUCACACCAGUGAGGGUUAUCACAAAUGCAGUGUUCCACCGAUCCAUGACCAACAAAACCAGGAACCCAUCUGGUAACCAAGCAACACCGAAGAGGACACCAACCCGUGAUGCCAAACAAUCAAGGUGAUCCUUGACCUUGACCUUGACCUUGUGAUGUAUCUGUAAGAAUUCCUGAGAGUGACUUUGAUCUUCUUUGAUGACGUGGGAUAAGACAAAACAUGGAAUGCCAAGGUCAAAGGGAUGAUAAAGAUCAAGGUCAAAGGGAUGAUAUAGGUCAAGGUCAAUUAUUGGAACAACGGUCAGUGCCAAAUUCAAAGUUCAAAUAAACUUCAAGGAAAAGCAAUGAAAAUAUAGAGGACAGCUGAGCUGGAAGGGUAAUGUGAAAAAUGAGAAAACAUACUGUAUCUUUCCUUUCCAUUUCGUUCAAUUAUUCAGCCAGGAGUGAUAUUUUUAUUGUCUUGCAACAAUGUCCUACAUAUAAUGUGUACUUCUAAACUUGCUUUUGUGUCGCAGAGCAAAACAAUAUCUAUUAUUUCACUGAAAAUAGAUGUACCUGGAGUGAAACCUGUAGUCAGCUCACAUUCCAGACAAAGAUGUUGGCAGUGUCAGUAUACAAACAUUCGUCACGAUAUGGCUGAAAUAUUGCCGAUGUGACGUUAAACUUUAACUCACUCACUCAGUAUACAAACAAAUGUACAAAUAAUCACAAGGAAUGAGUAUCAAAUAUUGCAGGAGGGAGAGACAAUCUGUACUUCCGUGUUGCUGGUAUAUUUUCCUCCAUAUAUUUCCCCAUGGCCUUGUGUUCUGAUAAAAGGGGGGAUUUCAAUCACAAAUGGAGACAUCAGCUGUCUGUCUGAUGCUGGAACGAUGUUACAAAAAACCACCUGUGACUUCAAAGAUGGCAUCUUGGAUUAUUUGCGAAAACCCAUUGCUAUGAUGACACAUUGCUGCGAGCAAAAGUGAAACAGUCGGACAUUUGGUGUUGAUUGCCAACUAGCAUGAUACAGAUAUAUAUACCCUGUGAGAAUUACUGAAAAUGUUGCACUGAUAUCCAUGGCAUACGUUCAUCCUGAUCCUACUGUGCACAUGUUCGUUACUCUUGUUCAAGUCCCUAUGUAUGUACAAUGUAUCGACACUCUUACCUGACUGCACAACCCACGCUUGCCAUAAGAGGUAACUAUGCUUGUAAGAGGUGACUAACGGGAUCAGGCUUGCUGGCUUAAGUGACUUUAAAAGUCCAGUUUCCACCAUUGCCAAAUUUUGCUGGAAUAAUGGAAUUGCAUUUUGGCAAGACUAUUAAGUCUGUGCAUAGUCCAAUCAGGAUCCCUGACGAAAUCCACAUCCUGUUCCUAAACAACAUGGCAAGUGCUGUGCCAAAUUCAUUCGAUUGCAAGAUUUGCAGAGCGUGUAUGACAGAUAUUUUCCAAGCCUUUUCAUAAUCUUAAUCUAGGUCUUUAAGUGGUUUGAUGCACUUUGCGAGGUGAAACCUGUUUUGUUGCAAAACAAAUCUAUAUUAUCGAUGUGAUUGUCUUGACUUGGUGCCACCAUUUUUUUUUAAGCAAUAUGAAGUGAUAUGAGAGGUGAGUGGUCUGUAGGGGGGACAUAGAAGGGACAUAACUCAUAUUAACCACUGCUGGCACUAUGAUUGAACCACAAAAUUCCAGCCAAGUUCAGCAAGCCUGGAAACUGGACUUUUCAGUAAAACUCCCUUGCCUCAGGAAGAUGUCCCCCAACCUGGACUCUCAGAAUAUCCCCAUGAGAUGUUGAGUUGUGUAUUAGGAUCAUCCUUAGAGGCAUGGUUCUCACUUCACAAAUGUGGCCCUGUGAUUGUAUUGCAAUGCAGAAAUACAUUAUCCAUUUUGACAUGAUGUUGAUGAACAAGAGCUGCCAUGAACAGCAGACUCCCACUGGUUGUUCAGUGUCGAACUUCAGCUGCGUUAUUGCUGGCUCACAAAUAUUUUAUUUAUUUAUGUACAUUAAGUCUUGCUUUCACAUAUGUAUAUACUAGUACAUGUAUGUAAUUUAUGGUGUGUGUGUAGCAUGGCGUUAAAAGGUCUGUGGUUGAAAUCCCAUAAGGGAACAUUUUAUAGCUGCUGCAUGUGUUAUGAGGACAAUGUGGCACUUCUAUAUCAGUAGGGGCGGUCGGGUUGCCUAGUGGUUAAAGCUUUCACUUGUCACGCCGAAGACCCAGGUUUGAUUCCUGACAUGGGUACAAUGUGUGAAGCCCAUUUCUGGUGUCCUCCACCGUGAUAUUGCUGGAAUAUUGCUAAAAGCGGCAUAAAACCUCUCACUCACUCACUCACUCACUAUAUCAGUAAUACUGAAAUGGAUGGCAGUAAGUGUCACCUUCUGUUCUGUGAUGGAAUAACUGUGGUUCUAUAUCUAAACUCACUCAACAAGAAGUCUUCAGCAAAUUUUUAUCUUUAAAAUGUCCAAAUUGCCCAUUACAAAACUUCUGUUCAGGUUAGCAUAAUUGCAAGGGAUGUCAUGGCUUUGCAAGAUGGACUUCUAGCAAACUGAUUACAGGGCUAAUAAAGAAGAAACUUUGUAUUCAUUGCAUUGGCUGCAAUCUAAAUUCUAAAUUCCAAACACCUAAAUUUAAGAAACUAUUAACUUUAUAAAGUUUUGAUUUUGGACUAAAUAUGUUUUUACUUCAAUUUGCCUGGCAUGGGGCACAUAGUUUGAAAUCUUGGAUGAAUCUGUGGGUUGUCUUUUCUGUCUUUGCAAAGAUUAGGAUGACACAAAUGAAGUGACCCAUUAUCUGUGACAUAGAUGAGCUGGGUAUCAGAUCCAGGUCAUGUUGCUCAGAAACUGUCCUGUGAACUUAGACUGGGUCCGCAUACUCAGUGUUUUUGCUAAAAAGUGGUGACAUCCAAACUAUGUGGUACAAAUCGGUACCAUUUCCGUUGAUAGAUGCUCAUGCGUAUCAUUCUUAAUUAUGACUGUAAAUGUACAUGGAGAUAUGUCAACACUUUGAAAGUUUGUUUUGUUUGAUAAAAAUUAUUAGUAUAAUAUUACAAAUUACUUUGUGUUCAUUUUUUUCGGUAACAAUAUUACUUAACAAAAUUUUGCCGUUUGUUUUCACUCAAAACCUGUAGACCGCUGAAUGGUAGAUUUUGUGUUGUCUGAUGACAGCCUACGAGAAAUCAGGCACUAGUUUAGAUAGAUGGGAGCCUUGUCAACAAUGACCAGAAACCCUUGGCAAACUGAAGCACAAGGUAAGAAAAAAGUUUGUAUGAGGUCAAUGAUGUGUUAGGAAUUAACAGGGUGACCAACCAUGAACAGUUUGCAUUGUAUAAACAUUACAUUUUGAAAACAUGUAUUGCGAGGAAUAUUGUGGCCCAAUUUUUGUUAUAACUUGAUGUUACUUAUAUGUUAGUUUGUGUGAUGAUAAUUUUUAUGAAUAUGUUUAUUCAUUGCUGGCCAACAGCGGCCAAGGUAUUUUUGUUCAUUAAUUACCCCUGCUGUAAUUGGCAUAUUGUUUACUUUGAUUAAUGGGUGACGUCAACAGGUGUCUGUAUCUCAGCAUGGUAAGUCUGCAAUGUGCAACAAAAAUGUCUACGGUGACUUUGAACUUUGCAGCUUUUUUUGGUCUAAAAUUAUGGAAAAAGUAGGUUUAUAGAAAAAUUUCACAAAAGUUGUAUUUGAAUCAUAAUAUUGUAAAUUCGGAAUAAAAUUUGUAUUAUGCUAGCUGGUGAGAGUAUACAUAUUUGUAUUCCUAAUGUGAUAUUUAUGAUACAGAAAGACAGGCGGCUAAUAAUUUGUUUAUCAUGAUCUCAUUCUUUAAAGAAUCCAGGUUUAAUACAUAUAGCUAUUUUCACUUUAGUAGCUUUAUAAUCUGCAUAGGAAUACAGAGCCUGAGUGAACUGCCCCAUUUAAAAUGUAGUGCCAAAUGAUUUCCAGGCUUGUUUGUUAACAUAAGCACUCACGCACCGGGAAAUCACUAUCUAAUCAUGUAGGGAAUGUUAUGUGAUGAUCUUUAAGCAAGUAGGCAUCCAAACGAUGUACAAAGCUGAGUGAAAGUAGUUCCUGCGAGCUGACCUCAUUUACAGAUUUUUAUUGGAUUGUGAUGCCAAGAUAAUUGGAUUGAUUUAUCUACCGAUAACACUGUCCAUUACAUGAUAAUUUUGGUUGUGUUGAUUAUUGGGUUGGUUUGUAUUUUCUGAAUUUUAAAUAAACCCCACUAGAUUCUGUAACAAAACAUUGCAGAGACGAGUGAAAAACGAAUGAUGGACGCGGUUGAAAACAUAGGAUCCAUAGCGACAGAAUAACGCUGAAAUCUGAUUGGGUGAACAUUCUCAUAGCUCCUCCUCUUUGUGGAUGUGCUAUGGGUGUUAAUCACCAGAAACAAAAAUACCCUCGACUGGUGAUGGUGAAACAAUGAUCAUAAUACUGCCGACAUACCUCAGAUUGUUUCUGUACAUAGAUAUACAUAUAGGCAUGUGCAAGAAUGAUUUCAUCACUUGCUGUUUCCUUAUUAAUGGCAAAGCAAUAAUCAGCCGAUUCCAACAGAAAGUUAUAACUGUUGGAUGUAUUAAUGUUUACGUAAUUUUACGUUACUUGUUGAAAGUCAUUAUGAAGACACCACCUACUUUUUUUGAUAAUCUGUUCAUUGAUUUCUUCAUACUGAAACACAUAUGAUUACUCACUGUAUACAUAUGACAGACACUAUACAUAUUAUCAGAUAUAUGUAUAUGGGCACACGUGGCAGUCAUCUUAGGUUCGGUGUGCAGAGUUAUGUCCCUUAGGCAUGCCAGAAUCCUCAAUUCCCCCUGAUCGUGAUUCUUGGUAUGACAGUAUUAGUUGGUCUAUGGAGUCACCAAUCCUGUAAUGACUUAAGAUCACUAUUGCUUGGGGCUGGUUAAACCCAGUUCAUUCCGAGAAUUGCUUAUGACAACUUAGAAAUAUCAUUCUCAGAAGUCUCUCUUCCUUUUUUGUUUCUAAGACCUGGUGGGGUGGAUAGCCCAGUGAUUAAAGCGUUCGCUCGUCACGCCGAAGACCCGGGUUCGAUUCCCGACAUGGGUACAAUGUGUGAAGCCCAUUUCUGGUGUCCCCCGCCGUGAUAUUGCUGCAAUAUUGCUAAAAGCGGCGUAAAACCAUACUCACUCUUAAGACCUGGUUGGCGAUUCCAUAUGCCAAGUAAAAUAUAAGAACCAUAUGCCUUCGAUUGUGAAGAAUCUUGUCUCAUGAAUUUUUGUUGACAAACAUUGAUUCCAGAUUUGAAUGAUUUUGUCAGUCAGAACAUCUACCUAUUUUGUAAUAUUAUCAACUGUCAAAAAUAUCUGUCAAGUGAACACAGAACGCAGUGGAUAAAACUAGUCACUGGGAAGUGGAGAUGUGGUGGAAGCCUUUUUCAUGUCACUGUAGCUUUGAACGAUUGUUGCGAUUUUUACCUGAUUUUGAUGGUGCUAACACAUGUAGCCAUGUAUUUAACUAUAACAUUGUGUGGUGUAUAGCAGGCCUACGUGUAUAUUUUCAUUGCUUGUGACAGAUUUCAUAUUUCUGUUUUCACUACUAUAUCCUGCUAUUUAGAGCUAUAUAAAAUGUAUUUUAUGAA